UAUUUUGCCAAUUAUAUUUGCAAUAUUUAUGCAAUUACGUUCUGCUUUUUGUUUUCUCCGCCAUAAUAAUUGAGUUCCUGUCUAUUGCCUGCUCUUUCUAGUGACUUUCUUUCUUUAAAUUUCAUUCCUUGAUGCCUUAUAAAUCUCUCAAUGUACUAAAGCUUCCAUCUUUUCUAACAACCCGAUAAAUUAUUUCUUGAAAUUGGGAAUUGAGAACCAAAACAAUGGAAGUGAAAGCAAGAGCACCAGGGAAAGUAAUUCUCUCCGGUGAACAUGCGGUGGUGCACGGAUCCACUGCGGUUGCUGCAUCCAUUGAUCUCUACACUUAUGUCUCCCUUUCCUUUCCCUCUUCUGGGAAUGAUGACACGCUGAAACUUCAGCUCAAGGAUCUGGCUCUAGACUUUUCAUGGCCAAUUGCUAGAAUCAAAGAAGCAUUACCUAAUUUAGGUGUUCCUUCCUCUUCAACCCCCACCUCUUGCUCAAUAGAGUUAAUUAAGUCAAUGUCAGCUUUGGUUGAGGAACAAAACUUUCCGGAGGCAAAAAUUGGACUUGCUUCUGGAGCGUCAGCCUUUUUGUGGUUAUAUACUUCUAUCCAAGGAUUUAAACCUGCCACUGUGAUUGUCACUUCUGACCUUCCACUGGGUUCAGGCUUAGGCUCAUCUGCUGCAUUUUGUGUUGCCCUUUCGGCUGCUCUUCUUGCUUUCUCGGACUCUGUAAAUCUGGACAGGGAGCAGCACGGGUGGUUAAUGUUUGGGGUACCUGAACUUGAAUUAUUAAACAAAUGGGCUUUUGAAGGUGAAAAGAUAAUUCAUGGAAAGCCAUCUGGCAUAGACAAUACCAUCAGCACAUAUGGCAACAUGAUCAAAUUCAGGUCAGGUAAUCUGACUCGCAUGAACUCUAGCAUGCCACUUAAAAUGCUUAUUACUAACACAAGGGUUGGUAGGAAUACAAAAGCACUGGUUGCUGGGGUUUCAGAGAGAACCUUAAGGCACCCUAAUGCCAUGAGUUUUGUUUUUAAUGCUGUUGAUUCGAUCAGUAAUGAACUGGCUAAGAUCAUCCAGUCUCCUGCUCCGGAUGAGCUAUCUAUAACUGAGAAGGAAGAGAAGCUAGAAGAGUUGAUGGAAAUGAAUCAAGGUUUACUCCAAUGCAUGGGGGUUAGCCAUGCUUCUAUAGAAACUGUUCUUCGAAUAACAUUGAAGUAUAAGUUGGCUUCCAAGUUAACUGGAGCAGGGGGUGGGGGUUGUGUGCUGACACUAUUACCAACCUUGCUAUCAGGAACCAUUGUGGAUAAAGUAAUUGCUGAACUGGAGUUCUGUGGAUUUCAUUGCUUGGUUGCUGGAAUCGGUGGCAAUGGUGUUAAGAUUUGCUUUGCUGAUAGCAAUCCUGCACAAAGACGAAACACUAACCUAAUGUUCAUAUAGCUUCUUGAAAUAAGCAGCUUUCAGAAAAUCUUUGGUGAAAUAAAGUCUUCUCAUCCAUAAAAGAGUACGUCAUUGCCAUAAAAGGAUGAAGAAAGAGAAUGAAGAUUCUUGAAUCUUGUACCUUAUGAAGAGUAUAACUGGAGUUGACCAACAAUCGGAAUCAGGGGCAGAGAGGAGACCAAAUGCCCUGCCAACAUCUUUAGCUACAGAGAGAUUAUUAACCUUGAAGCGCGUAACACCCAUGAGAGAUUUUAGAGCUUCUGGGUAGUUGGAAAAUCUGGAAUUAUUACCAUAGUUUUCUUGUUUUCAGAUUGCAGUGAGAAGUCCUAGCCAUUUUCCUGCAGAAGAUGGAGGAGGUAACAAUGCAUACAGAAUAUAAUCUAGGGGAAAUGAAAAAGAAUUUGAAAAUGUAUUUGCUUUGAGUUUGAACUUUGUUUGAGGAUUGAAUAAGCUAUUUAUAGUCUUUGUUUCUUAGCUUUCA